UUUCCAAUCAGUUCCUUUGAGCUCUCUCCCUCUCCACUGCCCAUCCUUUCUCUAUCAAAAUCACUUUUUUAAAUUCUUUAUCUAAAUUUUGGGUCUUUCUUUCUUGAGUUGAAGUGGUCUCAAACAUUGGCAGUGAAUUGAAAAUCUCAAAGGUCCUUCCUUUCUCUCAAAAAGCAGACACCCAGAUAAAACUGAAGCAUUUUGAAGCUGCUCUUGGAGCAUCUGAAUGAUGGGCGCGUAAGUUCAUUUCAGUUUUCAGGUAGGAGCCCCUUUCUCUGUGUACCAAUUUUUAUGCUGCCUGCAUUCCCUCUUGUCACCUCAAAUUCUUAGCCAAACUAGGAAGAACCAGAAAGAAAUUUGUCAUCUUUGUUGGUGUUAUGAUGAGGGACUUUCCUUCUUGUUUUGGUGAAAAUGGUGUUCAAGUUGCUGAUUCUUCUUCUUCAUCGUCAUCAAGAAUCACAAAAAUUGCUCAGAACUUGGUUUCUUGUGUCUACCAGUGUAAAUUACAGGGUCGUUUGUGUUUUAUUACUGUGACAUGGACCAAAAAUUUGAUGGGUCAAGGCCUAAGCAUUGAAAUUGACGAUGCGGCCAAUCAGUGCAUCUGCAAGGUUGAUAUCAAGCCAUGGUUGUUCUCCAAGAGAAAAGGGUGCAGGAAUUUAGAGGUGGACACCAGUAAAAUUGAUAUAUAUUGGGACUUAACCAAUGCUAAGUUUGGUUCAGGACCUGAGCCAUUAGAGAAGUUCUAUUUAGCUGUUAUGUUUAACCAAGAAAUGGUUCUUUUGCUUGGGGACUUGAAGAGAGAAGCUUUCAACAAAGACCCUGUUGGUUCCAUUUCCAGAGCCACUUUCAUUGCCAAAAGAGAGCACAUUUUUGGGAAGAAAUUUUAUGGCGCAAAGGCUCAGUUUUGUGAUAAGGGGAAGAGCCAUGAUGUGACAAUUGAAUGUGAGACUGUUGGGCUCCAUGAGCCAUACCUUGUGAUCUGCAUUGACAGUAAGAUGGUGAUGCAGGUGAAGAGGUUGAAUUGGAAGUUCAGAGGCAACCACACCAUUUUGGUUGAUGGGCUGAGAAUUGAAGUGUUUUGGGAUGUUCACAAUUGGCUCUUUGGCAAUGCUAUGGGCAAUGCAGUUUUCAUGUUCCAAACUUGCCUCAGUGAUGACAACAAGUUCUGGACCAGUCCACCAGUUUUGGAUCCUUCUGUGUUGGCUUGGUCUUCCUCUCAGCCAUUAAGAGAUAACCAGCUGCAGGGUCUUGGCUUUUCACUGGUUUUGCAUGCUUGGAAGAAUGAAUAGAGAACUGAAAAAAGCCAGAAGCUUGUUUUUCAUCGUUCUGAGCCUUUACAAAUACUUGAAAGUUCUGGUUUUGAUUGUAUGUGCUGUUUGUCUCUCUAGUUUUCUUAUAUCAAAACAUAAUUCAAUUGCAGGAACAAUGCAUGUUCAAGAAAUCUUUUGCAAGUUUGAUUAGUGGUGCAAUUGUCUGAAACAACCCUC